GCAGCAAAAUAACAGUCCGCAAGAACCGAUGGAGAUAACCCUGCUCUGCCUUGUGCUGUAUCAGCAUCUGGCAGCCUCCAUACGAGUUAUACCCAGCAGCCGUCAGCUCUUCAUGCAUGACUCUGUGCAGAUGAGCUGUGAGGCGGACUGGAACAGGACCGGAUGGACAGUACUGAGGAACACCAGCGUGAAACAACUGCAGAGAUGCAAGGUGGACUGGGGAUCGCUGAAAAACAACAUCUGCUCCAUCAGCGCCGCCUACCCAUGGAACAGCGGAGCGUACUGGUGCCAGUCCGACUCGGGGGACAGGAGCAGCGUGGUCCAUUUGAUCGUCCACGACGGUCCUGUGAUCCUGGAGAGUCCCGUCCUUCCUGUGAUGGAGGGAGACGAUGUGACUCUGCGCUGUAGCACCAAGACGCCUCCUUCCAGUCUCUCAGCUGAUUUCUAUAAAGAUGACAUUCUCAUCAGGACAGAGUCUACAGGACAGAUGACCAUCCACCAUGUCUCCAAGACUAAUGAAGGUCUCUACAAGUGUCAAGUCUCUAAUGUGGGAGAGUCACCCGGCAGCCGGAUGACUGUGAGAGACAGAGACUUCUCUCCGGACUCAACCACACCCCUGAAUUUCUCCUUAACCACGCCCUCAGCCCCACCCAUGUCUGAACCUCCCUCCCUGUCUGCCUCCAGACUGAUGUAUCAUCUGGUGGUGGCAGCUCCUUACCUGCUGUCAACCAUCACGCUGGGCCUCAUCUACCUAGCCAGAGCCAGAGCUUCUGCGACUGAUAAAGAGGCGGGAGUCCAUGGUGUCACAUUUGAUGUCAUCAUGGAGGUGGAGUAAUUCUCAAAACCACAGCUUGGAAGACACACACCCACAAACCCA